UCCUGGCCACUGAUCAUCAUUCUAUCCAGGUCUGUCAACCCGGUUACUUUCUUUCCAGUACACACCCCAUAACAUCACAACCAUGAGCAAGGCUUACUCCUCAUCUGCCGAGACGGCUUCUUCCUACCGCCGAACCUUCGGCUCAGGCCUGGGCUCGACCAUGUCCAGCUCUUUGUUUGGCCGCGGCUCUUCUGGCUCUUCACGCCUUUCCUCCAGAGUCUAUGAGGUGACCAAGAGCUCUUCUUCUCCUGUUUACUCAAGCCACCGCUCUGGAGGCUUUGGUGGAGCAGUAACACGCUCUUAUGCAGGUAUGGGUGGCAAGCUGGACUUUAGCCUGGCUGAUGCCAUGAACCAGGAUUUCCUGCACACACGCACCAACGAGAAGGCCGAGCUACAGCACCUGAAUGAUCGCUUUGUCAGUUACAUUGAGAAGGUGCGCUUCCUUGAGCAGCAGAACCAGGCCCUGUCUGUAGAGAUUGAGCGCCUAAGGGGCCGUGAGCCAACACGUAUUGCUGAGAUGUACGAGGAGGAGAUGAGGGAGCUGCGCAGGCAGGUCGACACUCUGACCAACCAGAGAGCGUGCGUAGAGGUGGAGCGAGAUAACCUGUCUGAUGACCUACAGAAACUCAAGCUCAGACUUCAAGAGGAGAUCCACCAGAAAGAAGAGGCUGAGAACAACCUCUCUGCUUUCAGAGCUGAUGUUGAUGCUGCCACUCUUGCCCGGCUGGACCUGGAGAGACGCAUUGAGAGUCUUCAUGAGGAGAUUGCCUUCCUCAAGAAGAUCCAUGAGGAGGAGAUUCGUGAACUGCAGAGCCAGAUGCAGGAUACUCAGGUCCAGGUCCAAAUGGACAUGUCUACACCUGACCUGUCCUCUGCUCUGAGGGAUAUCCGCACCCAGUACGAGGGCAUUGCAGCCAAGAACAUUUCAGAAGCUGAGGAGUGGUACAAGUCCAAGGUAUCAGAUUUGAACCAAGCUGUAAACAAGAACAACGAUGCACUGAGACAGGCCAAGCAGGAGACUAUGGAGUUUCGCCACCAAAUCCAAUCCUACACCUGCGAGAUCGAUUCCCUUAAGGGCACCAACGAGUCUCUGAUAAGGCAGAUGAGGGAGAUGGAAGAAAGGACGGGUCGCGAGGCUAGUGGUUAUCAGGACACCAUUGCUCGUCUAGAUGCUGAGAUUGCCAAAAUGAAAGAUGACAUGGCUCGUCACCUUCGUGAGUACCAGGAACUCCUUAAUGUCAAAAUGGCCCUGGAUGUGGAAAUCGCCACCUACAGGAAGUUGCUGGAGGGAGAGGAGAGCAGGAUCUCUCUGCCAGUGCAGACAUAUUCCUCCUUAAGCUUCAAAGGUGAUUCCAGAGGUUUCACAGAGGCCAGCGCAGAGCAGUUCUCACAGCCACGUUCCUCUGAGAUCCACUCCAAGAAAACAGUUCUGAUCAAGACCAUAGAGACCCGUGACGGAGAGUCUAAAACUUCUCACAAGGCAAUGAACGCCAUGAGCGCUCAGUGUGUUGUCAGUGAAUCCACACAGCACCAGCAAGACAUCAAUUAAGACGGAGAAGAGAAACGUGAGAUGCAACGCGAACAGAAACAGAAUUUGAAUCCGAAUUAAAUCCAGACAUUUCCAAGCUACAUAUGCCUUCCCUAUUUUUAUAUAUAUAAAUAAUAACCUCACUGAUGCUAUGACCUGCAAUUCCAGGCAGCUAUGAAAGUAUAAAGGAGACUAAGGUGAAAGUGUGCAAAGGCCGAAUGAUUACGAAUGAAGAUGAAACUGUGGCAGCCAUUUGUUAAAAAGAAUGUCAAUAUUCAACUGCCAUUUCUUAGAAUUUUGUAUGCAAGUGUAUGUGUGUGCUUGUGAGUAAGUGGGUCACAUGCGCAUCAUGAUUUACCGCUUACCACCAUAUGAGGCCUGCUAAUUGAUUUUGUGGUUUCAUUAAAAUGAAACUUGAAACAAUCGUCUAACAUACUGCAUGAUAUGACCACAUAAAUGUCGAUGUCUCAGCAACAUGAGUCACAGUUAAAGGUUCACAGAUUUGGGAAAGGGGAUCUACAAUUAAAACCUGUAACAUUAUAUCAAA